AGGCUGGAAGGAGCAGGGCAUCCGGCCUGAGGCGCAGCGGUCGUGUUAGUUCGGCCCAAUGGCGGCACCGCUGCGUCACACGCGGUUGCCGGGAGAUGCGGCUGCUUCGGCCUCUGCAGUCAAGACGCUCGGCGCGUCGAGGACUGGAAAAACUGUUGGGUUUGGUGGAACUGUGACAGAAGUCUUGCUGAAGUAUAAAAAGGGUGAAACAAGUGACUUUGAGUUGUUGAAGAACCAGCUGUUAGAUCCAGACGUAAAGGCUGACCAGAUCAUCAACUGGCUGCUGGAAUUCCGUUCUUCUAUCAUGUACUUGACAAAAGACUUUGAGCAGCUUAUCAGUAUUAUAUUGAGAUUGCCUUGGUUGAAUAGAAGUCAAACAGUAGUGGAAGAGUAUUUGGCUUUUCUUGGUAAUCUUGUAUCAGCACAGACUGUUUUCCUCAGACCGUGUCUCAGCAUGAUUGCUUCUCAUUUUGUGCCUCCCCGAGUGAUCGUUAAGGAAGGUGAUGUAGAUGUUUCAGAUUCUGAGGAUGAAGAUGAUAGUCUUCCUGCAAAUUUUGACACGUCACAGAGCCUUGCAAAUAAUAGCAAGAUAUGUCCCAUCGACACCGUGGUUUCUUAUGCCGAUACUGGUGGAAAAGUUUCCAUUUGUUCGAAAAUCGGAGAGAACACUGGAAUGUUACGUUCAUAACUUACUAAGGAUUAGUGUGUAUUUUCCAACCUUGAGGCAUGAAAUUCUGGAGCUUAUUAUUGAAAAGCUACUCAAGUUGGAUGUGAAUGCAUCUCGGCAGGAUAUUGAAGACACUGAAGAAACAGCAACUCAAACUUGUGGUGGGACAGAUUCCACAGAAGGAUUGUUUAAUAUGGUUAGCAUUUUUUUUCUUUCUUUUUUUUUUUUUUCUGAGACAGAG